AUGAGAAUUGUUUCUGAGGGCAUGGCUUUUACCAUGGAGGAGAGGCAACAAUUAAAUAUCCAUGGAUUAUUACCACCUUGCGUUCUCAGUCAGGAUGUCCAGGUUUUCAAUAUUCUUCAGAAUUUUGAAAGGCUGACAUCUGACCUAGACAGAUAUAUUCUACUAAUGAGUCUUCAGGAUCGAAAUGAAAAGCUUUUCUAUAAAGUGCUGACUUCUGACAUUGAAAGGUUCAUGCCUAUUGUAUAUACUCCCACUGUGGGACUGGCUUGCCAGCAAUAUGGUUUAGCGUUUCGGAGGCCAAGGGGACUUUUUAUCACUAUCCAUGACCGAGGACACAUCACUACAAUACUGAAGUCCUGGCCAGAAAGUGUCGUCAAGGCUAUCGUGGUGACAGAUGGAGAACGUAUUCUGGGUCUUGGAGACCUUGGCUGUUAUGGAAUGGGCAUCCCAGUUGGUAAACUGGCACUUUAUACAGCAUGCGGGGGAGUAAAACCUCAUGAGUGUCUACCAGUGAUGUUGGAUGUGGGAACGGAUAAUGAGGCAUUGCUGAAAGAUCCUUUGUAUAUUGGGCUGAGACACAAGAGAGUCAGAGGUCAAGCCUAUGAUGAUCUUCUUGAUGAAUUCAUGGAAGCUGUGACUUCAAGGUAUGGCAUGAACUGCCUCAUUCAGUUUGAGGAUUUCGCUAAUGCUAAUGCAUUCCGCCUUCUGAAUAAGUACCGUAACAAGUAUUGCACUUUCAAUGAUGACAUUCAAGGAACUGCAUCUGUGGCUGUUGCAGGUCUUCUUGCAGCUUUGCGUAUCACUAAGAACAAGUUAUCAGAUCACACAGUGUUAUUCCAGGGAGCUGGAGAGGCUGCACUGGGGAUAGCAAACCUCAUUGUUAUGGCUAUGGAAAAAGAAGGGGUAUCUAAAGAUGUGGCUGUCAAAAGGAUAUGGAUGGUUGACUCAAAGGGAUUAAUAGUAAAGGGGCGUGCCUCAUUAACGUCUGAGAAAAAACAUUUUGCCCAUGAACACGAUGAAAUGAAAAAUCUAGAAGAUAUCAUUAAAGAUAUAAAACCAUCUGUGCUAAUAGGAGUUGCUGCAACUGGUGGUGCUUUUACCCAACAAAUUCUGCAGGAUAUGGCUGCUUUCAACAAACGUCCUAUUAUUUUUGCUCUCAGCAAUCCUACCAGCAAAGCAGAGUGCACUGCUGAGCAGUGCUACAAGUAUACAGAGGGACGUGGCAUUUUUGCCAGUGGAAGUCCUUUUGAUCCUGUCACUCUUCCAAGUGGGCAAACCCUAUAUCCUGGACAGGGUAACAAUUCCUAUGUGUUCCCAGGAGUUGCCCUUGGCGUUGUUUCAUGUGGACUGAGACAUAUUGGUGAGGAGGUGUUCCUCACAACUGCUGAGGUAAUAGCUCAGCAGGUUUCAGAGGAGAAUUUAAUGGAAGGUCGUCUGUACCCUCCUUUAGUCACUAUUCAGGAUGUGUCGCUGAAAAUUGCUGUGAAGAUUGCAGAAGAAGCCUAUAGGAAUAAUACCGCCUCCACCUAUCCUCAGCCCAAGGACCUGGAAGGCUUUAUCCGCUCUCAAAUUUACAGCACCGAUUAUAACAGCUUUGUGGCUGACUCAUAUACCUGGCCGGAAGAAGCUAUGAAAGUGCAAACUGUAAAUAUUUAACUGAGAAUGAACCAACCAGCGGCAGUUAAAAGCAUUAAAAUAUUCAGAACAUUUCUGCCUAGUAAACCUAAGAAUAGUUAACUUUUUUUAAGAUGCAGAAACUUUUUCUAAAUUGUAAUAUUUGGUUAGAAACUCAGAGUAAGAGGUAAUUAAUUACACAUGAGAAAAUAAAUAUUAAUCUGAGAAGUA